UAGAUAUUUCUAUUUAAAUGCGUGGAAACUUUGGCUGUGAUAGUUGAUGUAGUGGUAGCUUCCUCAUGAGGACAGUGAGACUUCAGUCUGACACGCCCACAUUCCACAGGUUGAGGACGAAGCAUGUUUCAAAUCUGCUGACAAAGGUUUGAGCUCCAGGAUUUCCAGAAUAAAAUGAAGUUGCUUGCACUGCUCCUCUUCUGUAACACUGCGUCUUCAGUGAAAUACUCCCUGAAAUAUUUCCUCACUGCCACGUCUGGACUCCCAGACUUCCCGGAGUUUGUGGCUUCUGCUUCGGUCAAUGGAGUUCAGGUGGGUUACUGUGACAGCAACAUCAGGACAGCCGAGCCCACACAGGACUGGAUGAAAAAACUAGUAAAAGACGACCCUCAGCACCUGGACUGGUAUUCUGAGAAGUGUUUCGGAAAUCAGCAGGUCUUCAGAGCCAACAUUGAUAGCUUGAAGCAACGCUUAAACCAGACUAGAGGUCCUUACAUCUUACAGAGGAUGAAUGGCUGUGAAUGGGAUGAUGAGACUGAAGAAAUUAAAGGUUUUAAUCAGUACGGUUACAAUGGUGAGGACUUCAUAGCGUUGGACCUGCAAACGCUAACAUGGAUCGCUCCCAAACCACAGGCUGUCAUUACAAAACUGAAAUGGGAUGCUGAAAAAGCUCGAUUAGAGCACAACAAGAACUACUACAUCAACAGGUGCCCCGGCUGGCUGAAGAAGUAUGUGAAAUAUGGGAGAAGCUUUCUGCAGAGAUCAGUUCUUCCCUCAGUUUCUCUCCUCCAGAGGAGUCCAUCUGUAGUCAGCUGCCACGCUACAGGUUUCUAUCCUCACAGAGCCAGAAUGUUCUGGAGGAAAGAUGAAGAGGAGUUUCAUGAUGGUGUGGACAAAGGACAGAUCCUCCCCAACCAUGACGGCAGCUUCCAGAUGAGUGUUCAGCUGAAUGUUUCAUCAAUCAAGCCAGAGGACUGGAGCAGGCACGACUGUGUGUUCCAGCUCGCCGGUGCAGAGACAGACAUCAUAACCAAACUGGACAAAAAAGUGAUCCAAACCAACAGUGGUAAGACAGGCUCACAAGUCAUGUUAUUGCUGUUAAAAUACUGUAGCUGUGGUGUCUUUGUCUUCUCUAUAUGUCACGUAGCCAGAUAUGUCAAAGUUGAACUCUUGUACUCAUUUCCAGCUGGAUUUUGUUUUAUUCUACAAACCUGCUAGAGUAGCUUUACACGAUUCAUAGUUCAAGACAACUCCUAUUUAAUUUAUGUAUCCUACAAAUACUGCUGGAUUAUCACAGAUGAAUGUUACAACAAUAAAAUGAU